UCUUCAUUCUAAAGAGACUGGAGGAAGAAGAGCAGCUCUUCACUUCGGGUUGACGGCGCUGCGAUGCUGCUGCAGGGAGGACCCUCUGCUGCACUUUACUGCUUCUUCAUGUCCUGGAGCCAGCUGUGGUGCUCUCCUUCAACCUUGACACGAACCAUGUGAUUAGGACAGACGGGACCGGGGAGUCUGUUUGGGUUUUCUCUUGCGUUGCACCGACAAAUCAAUCCGGAUAAGUAAUGCUGUUGAUCGGUUCCCCCAAAGCCAGAGCUUUAGAAAGACAAAGAUCUAACAUCACAGGAGGACUUUAUAAAUGUGAAGUUACCCAGUCCAAUCACUGUGAGCGCAUAGAUUUUGAUAAUGAAGAGGACACAAGUAUUGAGAAUAAAGAGGACCAGUGGAUGGGCGUGACUGUGCAGAGUCAGGGACCCGGGGGAAAGAUUGUGACGUGUGCUCAUCGGUAUCAGACGCUUUUCAGUGUGAACACUCCCCUGGAGUCCCAUGACAUCAUUGGACGCUGCUAUGUCUUCAGUCAGGAUUUGACCAUCGACACUUCUGAUGAAGAUGGCGGCAAUUGGAAGAUGUGUGAGGGCAGAGCCAGAGGCCAUGAAAUGUUUGGAUUAUGCCAGCAGGGUCUGGCAGCCACCUUCACCAAAGACUACCAUUAUGUGGUGUUUGGAGCACCAGGAGCCCAAAACUGGAAAGGAAUUGUGCGAGUGGAACAAAAGAACAACACUUUGCUGGACAUGGGAGUGUAUGAUGAUGGCCCCUAUGAAACUGGGACUGAGCAGACUGUACCCGUUUCAGCCCACAGCUAUCUUGGAUUCUCUCUCGAAACUGGACACAAUAUCAUGAUCGGCGGUGGCCUGACUGUAGUUGCAGGAGCACCAAGAGCCAACCACAGGGGAGCUGUCGUCCUGCUGAGGAAAGGAGACGAAACCUCCACCAUGCUCUGGCCCGAACACAUUCUGUACGGGCCAGGACUGGCAUCCUCGUUUGGAUACGACGUGGCUGUAGCUGAUCUGAAUAGUGACGGAUGGCAAGACAUAAUUGUGGGAGCUCCUCAGUUCUACAUGAAGGACAGAGACAUCGGAGGAGCUGUUUAUGUCUACAUAAACAAUGCAGGAAAGUGGGAAAAUGUCACUCCUGUCCGUCUAAAUGGGACCAAAGACUCAAUGUUCGGACUGGCAGUGGAAAACAUAGGGGACAUUAAUAAAGACUCAUAUCAAGAUAUCGCAGUUGGAGCGCCGCAUGAUGAUGGCGGAGCAGGAAGAGUCUACAUUUAUCAUGGCUCUGCACAAGGGAUCCAAACCAAACCUGCACAGGUCCUUUCAGGAAAACAGCACAACAUUCAAUUCUUUGGAUAUUCUCUGGCAGGGAACAUGGACCUGGACAGCAACUCUUAUCCAGACCUGGCUGUAGGCUCUCUAUCAGAUGCAGCUUUAAUUUACAGGGCAAGACCGGUCAUCAGAAUUAGUACAAGUGUCAUAACAUCUCUACAGGAAAUUGACCUGGCAGUUAAAAACUGUGGCGACAGCAUCUGCUUCAAUGUCACAGCAUGCUUCAGCUACAAAGCAAGCCAUGCAUCUUACAACUCCCGGCUAACGAUCAGCUAUUUAGUCGAGGCAGAUGGAGAUCGCAGGAAACAAGGGCUGACCUCAAGAGUGAUGUUCCUGAGCAAAUCCCACACUGAAUCGGACUACUUGUUUAAUGGCACCAUAAACCUCCAGGGCCAAAACCUGAAAAACUGUGACACUAUAAAAGUCAGACUUAAGGACAACAUUAAGGACAAGAUGCGCAGCAUUCCCAUUAUGGUGUCUGCAGAAAUGUCUGAACCAAAACGACCGAGAAACAGAAACGGCCUCCCUCAGCUAAUGCCCAUCUUAGACAUGAAUCAGCCAAGCAAAAAUGUCACCAAGAUCAACUUUAUAAAGGAGGGAUGUAGCAAAGAUCAUGUUUGCCGAAGCAACCUGAAGAUGAAGUACAGUUUACAUUACAGACAAAAGAGUCAGGAUCCUUUUCCCUCAAUAGAAAGUAGGAACAACAUCCCUGAGUAUCACCUGAAUUAUGAUAAGAAGGACUUGGCGCUGAAGGUGACCGUUAACAACAUGAAAGGUGAUGACGCUUAUGAGGCUAAGCUUGUGGGACGUUUCCCAGACACCCUGUCGUACUCUGGAGUCCGCUUAGAUCACUCAACAACAAAUAAUCCUUUAAACUGUGAUGCCAAUCAUAAUGGCUCUGAAGCAGAGUGUGAGCUGGGGAAUCCUUUUAAGAAAGACUCAGAGAUAACCUUUUACAUCAUCCUGAACACUGAUCGUAUGACUCUCAACACCACUGACCUUGAGAUUGAUCUGAAGCUCCAAACGACCAGUGAUCAAAAGGAUAUUUCCCAUUUGAAAGUUAAGCUCAAAGUGAUCAUUGAAUUGCCUUUGUCAGUCAGCAUUAAAGCCAAUCCGAAUCAUGUCUCUUUUGGAGGUGUUGUAAAAGGCGAAAGUGCAAUGAAGACAGAUGAAGAGAUUGGAAGUCUGAUUAACUACACUUUCACAAUAAAUAACCUUUGGAAGUCUUUGGGACCUUCUGUCAGAGCCUCUUUGCACAUUCAUUGGCCCAAAUCUAACAAAGACGGGAAAUGGCUUCUGUACCUGGUGAAAAUCUCCUCUAACGGACCCGAGAAAAUCCACUGCACACCUGAGUCUGAGAUCAACCCUCUCAAGCUCAAAGAGGAAUCCUCUAUGUCCCUGGCAAAACAAGACUCAGAAACAAAGGGAAAAAACACUGGCAGCAAAAUUUCUUAUUCCAAAAUCAGAAACAAAGUUUUGUCGUGUGAAAACGAAAUCAAAUGUGUGGUGCUAAAGUGCCCCCUGCAGGGACUUGACGGUACAGAAAUGAAACUGAGAUCACGUUUGUGGAACUCCACCUUUAUUGAGGAAUAUGCUAAUUUUCCCACCGUGCAGUUAGUUGUGAAGGCCUCGCUCGAGCUUCAUACCCAGGCUCCAAACAUGAUCCUGAGAUCUCCUUACACAAAUGUGACAGUGUAUGUGUCCCCUGACCGGGAAGUAGCUCAGUACAGUGGAGUUCCCUGGUGGAUCAUACUGCUGGCGGCUCUCGCAGGAAUCUUGAUUUUGGCUCUGAUGGUGUUUCUGCUCUGGAGGUGUGGAUUCUUCAAACGCUCCAAACAAGAUGACAACGUGCCUCGAUACCAUGCAGUGCGGAUAAAAAAGGAAACUCUCGAGUACAAAGAUGGAAAAGCCAAACUUGAUCCUUUUGAAAAGAAGCAGUGGAUGACGAGUUGGAUCGACAAUGAAAGCUACUCCUGAAUUUUUGGUUUGGAUUUUCCAAAGAUGCCUUGCUUUGUUCCAAAAAUACACUGAACUUUCAGUUUGUGAACAUGGUGCUUAGCUUUUUUAUUUUAGUUAACUCAUUCCAGGGAUUAGUUGGAUUCAAGGUCUUGAAAUUUUACACUGUUUAAAUAAUGAAAUAUUUUUUGUAAGUGCUGUGUAUAUAUAUAUUUGAAAACUUCUGCACAAUUUGUAUUUAUUUUUGAUAAGGAGAUGCAAUGCAACCAAAGCCUUAUGUAACAAAUUUACUGCUGUUUGUAAAGCCUAAAAGUCUGUGCAAGGAAGAUACAACUAGUUCAAUGUCAUAUGAAUACAUAUAUGUUUUUUAUACGUGUCUUGGUGUGUUGAGCUUAAGUACUUUCCAACAAAAAGGCUCCUUUCUCAGCUUGAAGUGACAUUUUGGUACACAAUCAUGUCAAAAACUUGUGCUUAAAUUAUUUCUUUCCUUGUGUCUCAUUGUUGUGGCAUUCAGGUAGCACCCACUGUACUGUAGAUCAUCACUGAAACCACUCUUCUUGUUCAAUGACGAAUCUAAAGAAAAACGGAAAACAAGUUGAAAGUUUUUUUUUUUACAUGUAAUUGUUGGUCUUAAUUGUUGAAUUGUGAAAUAUAAUAAAAUGCUUAAACAAUC